AUGAAGGGGAGAAAACCUGCAGGCCCAGGACUAGAAGAAGGACCAGGCAGAGCAGGAGAAGCCUCCAGUCCAGUUAAGCAGGAAUACGCGACAGAGCGACCAGGAUGGGACACAUCGCAAGAGGGCAAAGGGGAACCAUCCAGGGGGAUGCAAGAGCGCUGGGAAGCCCAAUGGCAGGAGUUCCUGAGGACUCUGCAGCCCCUUCACACAACGCAGGGAAGCCCAGUGAUGUCGGAGAUUGCCCCAUGGGAUGACACCAAGGCCUUCCUGGCCUCCUUUGAGCAAGUGGCCAAGGCCUGCCGAUGGCCGAGAGGAGAGUGGGCAGCCCGGCUCUUGCCAGCACUGAGCGAGGAAGCAGAAGAGGCCUUUGGCAGCCUGGAAGCCAGAGAUCAGGAGGACUAUGGGAAAGUGAAGGCGGCCAUCUUGCGAGGGGAAGCCCUGAGGAUGGAGGCGCAGCGCCAGAAGUUCAGGCAAUUCUUCUGCCAGGAGGUCAGAGACCCCCGAAGGAUUCACAGCCAAGUCCAGGAGCUUUGCCGGCAGUGGCUGAAGCCGGAGAGACACAGCAAGGAGCAGAUCCUGGAGCUGCUGAUCCUGGAGCAGUUCCUGGCCAGCCUGCCAGUGGACCUCCAGGGCUGGAUCCGGGCAGGAGGGCCGGACACCUGCUCCCAGGCCGUGGCCCUGGCCGAGGACUUCCUCAUGAGCCAGCAAGAGGCCAAGGGAGAGAAGUUGCAGGAACCAACGGAGCUCAAGGAAACUAGCCUGUCUUUGCAGCUGGUCAAGCGGAGUCUGACCCAGCCGGGCCAGCAGACCAUCGUCUGGCAAGUCCUGCAGGAAGAAUGCAGAAAUGUUGCUACGUUGGAUGACGAGAAGAGAAGUCAGGUCAAAACAGAAGAUUUUCAGUGUGGAAGAAAUGCGCUAGAGGACACACCCAGGACAGCCCCACAGAUAAGACAAGUAAAUGUGGUGGAGACAGCUGAGAUGCAAGGAGAAGGAUGCAAAUACGGAGCGCAACAGUGGAAGCAAUCGGUGGAGAGAGAGGAGUGUAAUGAACUCCUAGAAGGUUGUGCCACUGUGAUUAGCCAGCCUUCUGAAGUAUACAGAAGUGAUAAUAUGCCCACGUUCUCCAAGUAUGGUAGAAAGUAUCGCUACAGAUCAGAACAUGAUAUGACAGAUACCAGGAAGGAGUAUGAAGAACGUCCUAUGUCAGAGGAACCAUUGCUGCAAAAUUCAUACUCUGAUAAACAGAGAACCAUCACAGAAGAGAAAAAAUACGAAUGUCCUGAGAGUCAGAACAUCUUCACUUUUGGACAAACCUUAGAGAGUCACCAGCGAAUUUAUACUGGAGAGAAACCAUACAACUGUUCUCUGUGUGGUAAAAGCUUCAGGCAGAGUUCAACUUUGAUGAGUCAUCAGAGAAUUCAUACUGGAGAGAAACCCUACGAAUGUGCGGAGUGUGGGAGAUGUUUCCGGGAGAGCGGAAAGUUGAAGAUCCAUCAGAGAAUCCAUACUGGAGAGAAGCCACACACAUGUUCUCAGUGUGGUAAAAGCUUCAGAAAGAGUGAAAAUUUGAAGAAACAUCAGAGAAUCCAUACUGGAGAGAAGCCACACACAUGUUCUCAGUGUGGGAAAAACUUCAGGCAGAGUGAAAACUUGAAGAAACAUGAGAGAAUUCAUACAGGAGAGAAACCAUAUAAAUGUCCUCAGUGUGGGAAAUGGUUCAGUCGGAGUGAAAAUUUGAAGAUCCAUCAGAGAAUCCACACUGGCGAGAAACCAUACGAAUGUUCUCAGUGUGGGAAAUGCUUCCGUCGGAGUGAAAAUUUGAAGGAACAUCAGAGAAUCCAUACUGGAGAGAAACCAUACAAAUGUUCUCAGUGUGGGAGAUGCUUCAGGCACAGUGCAACCUUGAUGACUCAUCAGAGAAUUCAUACUAAAAAGAAACAAUAAAAAAUAUUCUGAGUGUGGGAAAUGCUUCAGCCAGGGAGAUCUGAAGGAACAUCAGAGAAUUCAUACUGACUGCAUGGAUUUUGGUAUGAGAAAAGCUUCAGUUAGAGGGAGCACCUGAAGGAACAUCAGAGACUCCAUGCAGGGGAGGAAUCGUUCAAAUGCUUUGAGUGGGAGCGAAGUUUCUCUCAGAAAUAGGUUCAACAGAUGUGAGGGAACUCACAGAGGACAGGCAUUAUGAAUGCCAUGAGUGCAGGAACAGUUUUGGCCAGAAAAGUGCAAUGGUUAAGCUUCAGAGACAAUCCUAAUAAAUAUUCCUGGGGGCAGGGUUCCCCACAAAACUAUAUUUAAAUGCAGUUUCCAAAAUUCAAAUAGGAAAGAAAUUAGGUAGGAGAGGCUUCCAGAAGAGAGAUGAUUUGAUUGGACAUAAGAAUAGCUAAAGAAGAGAGGACAAUAUGAAUUAAUUGACUAGGUGACAGUGUCAUUAUAAGUAAUUCCCUCAGCCUCAACUGUCCCCAUCUAAGAUGUGGGUUUAAUAAUUCCCAGCCUCCUUUACUUCCAGCUCUUUGUUAUGGGGAUCAUUGUAUAUUUCUUCCCUCCUAGUGCAAGAAGCAUUUGAAGACAUUUUUUUUCAAUUUAUAAAAAAAUAAUCUUUCCCUCAUAAAAAGCCCUGCGUCUGAGCAAAUACGAAGGUCUGCCUUUGCUUAGACUUUGCCGGUGGAGUGGAGGGUUAUGAUACUGCUGUUUCUCUGCAACCGUGAUGUUACUGAUUUCAACCUUGCUCAUGGGAGGCAAUGUUGUCAUUACCGCCCGAAGAAGAAAUGAAAUGAAAUAAAUAAAUAAUAGUCUGAAACAGCCCCACAGGCUACAGCUGCCAGGGUUUAUGUGUGAAGGAAAAGCUGCAUAUCGCAUUGCCGCCUUUUCAC